UAUGUAAUAUGCAUGACUAGAUCUGUCACGAUAUUGAUUGAUAUCCACUGGGUCAUGUCGCCGUAGCGUUUUUGACUAAUUCGUCAUAGAUACCAUUAGAACAACGUAUCUAAUGAACUAGGUUGCACCACAACUAUCAUCACGUACAUAAUGAUGUGUUCGCCAGCUGACCGCUACAGACUUUUCAUCCUCACCGACUCAGGGUUUCCUGCCGGUAUAUCGUUCUCAACUUGAAGACUCGAGUCUGCGAACUGGGCAGGCUCCUAUAGAAUCUGUUCACAAAGUCAUCCUGGGAAGGUGCUGAGGUGUGCUUACCACAAAUUCGAAGUGAAAUGUCAAUAAGACGGUCCUAUGGUAGGUUUGUUCUCGGGCUUGAUGUCGGUCAGGGUCUAACUUCUCUCUAUUUGUGGUGCGAUAGAGAGUAGCCUUCUAUCUGCCAAUGAAACGCAUAUAAGGACUGCAUGCCUCACUGCCCACCUUCGCUUCUCGCAAAUCCCGUACCACCCCCACCUCCCCUCCCACGUUUCGCCUAUGAAUCCCUCCACUAAUGGUCAGGCUACCGAUUUUCCCGAGCGUGAUCCAACUAUGGCCGCAUUCAACAAUUAUCUUACGGUCGCAACGGCAGGCACGUGGAUCUGGGAUCUACUCACAUCUCUUCCCACCGAGCUGCGAAUGCUCAAGAAACACCGACUGAAUAAUAUCGCAGAUGGGGCGUAUGUGCUUGCUCGCAUCACUUGCUUUGGAUACGUCGUUGCUUCAGUUAUGUACGCAGUUGCUCCUAUCAACUGUUCUGCCACCGUGAAAACUGUUGCAUGGUUCACUGCCCUUGCAUUACCAUGCAAUUCCUUCUUGUUUCUCCUCCGAAUCAAAGCUGUAUUUUAUCGGUCGAGGAUCAUUGUUGGGAUCUUCUGCUUUCUAUGGCUGAGUACACUCUGUGCAUUCUCAGCGCCAUUUAGCAUUGACGCGAGGAACGUCGGAUCGAGCAUAUUCCUCUGUACGUCCGAAGUCAAUGAUCUCGGCGUCCUUGGCUUUCUUGCCGUUGCUAUCUUCGAUACCUUGGUCUUUCUUGCCAUUUCCAUCAGGAUUAUGACCUAUUGUUUGGCGGAUACAUGGAAGGGACGUAUACGGACUUUCUUCCGUGGAGAAGGCAUGGGCUACGUUUCUAAAACCCUCUUACAAACGGGACAACUCUACUAUAUGAUGUCAGUCAGUGUGAACCUUCUCGCUAUCGCACUCUUGUUCGUGCCUUCAAUUCCGAAAGGCAUACCGGCUGCAUUGACUGUACCUAGCGUCGCCGUCCAGAAUGCGAUGGCCUGUAGAGUCUUUCGACUUCUCAAACUCGGGCGCAUCCACGAACGCCCAUUCAUAUAUACACAGUCUACUCCUACAGAGGCUCAUCUGCGACCUCUGAGAUUUUUCAACGGCGAAACUUCGGGUACCGACGUAACCUACAGAGACUCCGAACAGACACAUGAUGAUGUAUUGGAGAUUAGCCUUGAUCAUUCAUCGACACGUUUCCAGGGAAAGGAUUCGCAGUUAGACUUACCUGCUGCCCUGCAUGUCGCUGUAGCUCAAGAGCCAGAGGUUGUUAUGGAUGACGAUGAAACAAAGCGUCGGAACAACCUGGCAUAGAGACCCUCCGGGUGCAGCAGGGCGGUAAUUUUCUUGAUCACAUCGAGAAGCUUCAAUGCAACGUUCGAUGUCCAGGCAAAUGAGCUACGCACAUCCGUUUCGACCGAGAUCCUCAGAACACUUAUUGUACGUGCGGCCACCAUUUCUUUUGGCUUGCAUAUUUCUCGUUUAGUCCCGGAAACCGCUCCAAGGCUUUGCCCCUUUUUGAACAUACAUAGAAUAGGUAGAUCCGAUGCUCUAGGUACUAUCAUCACUGGGAAUGUUUAUAUGGAUGUUUUCUUGAACUUCCGUCCACCGGCAAGUGAGUGAGUGAAUGAAGCUCUACUAUUUCACUUGCAUCGCUUUCAUCAAG